AUGGCUGAACCGCCAGAGAACGACCCCGUCAAGGAGAGACUCGAAAUCAAGGAGCGAUCCGAAGGUGAACUUGAGCUAUGGAUUAAUAAAGCUGCUUCACGGCGAACAAGCUCUCGGCCUUUAGAGGAAAACCCGCGGCAACUGCGCCGUAGAUGCACACCUUGCUUGGGCCAGAUCCAGAGAAUAGAAGGUCAACUCGUAGUAACUGGGGCAGAUUCAGUGACCUGCAGCACCACCAACUAUCGCGAAGUUGGAUAUUUUUAUUCGUUCACUAUUGAUGAAUUUACAUUAAACUUCCGACGACCGCCAGUGCGCGGGAGUCAGGCGUCGAAUCACGUGAUUUUCCAGGCGGGAUCAUCAGAAGGAAAUGCGUCGGUGGUUGAGCUUGCAGAAUUUCCACAAACAUGGGGCGUACACUCAGAAACAAGGCUUAUUAUCACACGGGUCCCUCGGCUAGCCUCACCUCGUCUCCCAGGCCAAGAAGCAGUAGGUUUUAUAGGCCUACAGCACGAACACGACCACCACAUAUUUUACGGGAAAGUCAACGUUACCAGAGUUCCGCAAAUGCGUAUCUCGGAGAUGGAAGACGCGGUUACCUGUUCGGUUUGUUCCGAAGUGUACGUAACCGGAUCACGUGACCCUCUCGUGCUUCCGUGCGGCCAUACCCUCUGCCGUGCCUGCGUCACUUCAGUCAAGAACGCAGCCACGGAGAAGCCCUUGACAUGCCCCAUCUGCCGAACCUGUCAUCCAUUCUUGUCAAUUUAUAGCCUCCCUGUCAACUUCAGUUUGCUGAGCCUGUCCACGACUUACCUCGAGAAUCAGGAGGAGCACUGUGCGGAGCACGGGGAGCCCUUGACCUACUGGUGCAGGCACUGCCGAGUAGGAGUGUGCGGGCUCUGCAUCCUGACGGGGCACCUCCGAGACGGGCACUCUGUGGUCACGACGGCCACCCUCUUGGAGGAGAAGAAGGAAGGCUUCGGAGCCGACGCGGCCACUGUUAUCCAUGCGGCGAGAGAACUUCACCAGAAAACCUCGUCUCACUUCAAGGCCGCUCUGGUGAGGCUCAUGUGCCUGAGUGUGGCGAAUGAAAGCCUGCUGGAGAUGGAGGAUACGGUCACGACGCUGCAGGAAAAGGUUCAGAAAGCCAAGAACAUUGAUCACAUCCUUACGCACGAGGCACACCUGAAAGAACUGUUUCCAACACGGAACAUAACAAACUUGUUGAGUGAAAUAAACACAUUUGAGAGUCGGGUUCCCAUAGGCAUCACCAUGGAACGCCGGAACGCGUCGGCAGUGCCUGCUACUGCGCGUAUCAAGCACGACUCGGGCUACACGUCGAAUCGCAGCGGGUGCUCUUCGCCCUCAACCAACACUGGCACGAGUCUACGGGAGUCGCCUGUGGCCAGUGGCCUCAUGGAGCAGUCCCAGGCGAGAACCGGCGGAGGAACCGGUCUCGGGGGGUUAAGCUGCCGGGUUCACAUGGGAGAUGGCCGUCACGCCCACCUGGCGUGGCAGGACGACCAUCUCUUGCUUUAUGCUCUCGCUGCCGCUGGUCCGGAUCCUCAGGUGUUGAUACAGUUCUCGGCGCUCGAGGGCCUCCUGGAGCGCGAUCACCCUGUGGUAUUCCUGGAGCUCUCGGCCGGCGGGCUCCACCUGGGCCGCGUGUACAUCCGGCUGCGCGGCCACAUGCGGCGGGCGCAGCAGUUCCUGGCGCUGUGUGUUGGCACGCUCGGCGCCUCCUUCGUCGGGUCCUUCUUCUCGCGGGUCAACGGGAUGGACGGCCCCGGAGAGACGCUCAUCGGGGGCAAGUACUACUGCCAGCGGGAGAGGCGGUUCGUGGCCAAGGGCUUGAUCGACGGCCUGGAGCGCGGAGAGGAGUACGGCGACGACGACAAGGCGGGUCUCCUGGCGGACUACAGCGGCGGCAACGCCAAGCACGACACGCUCUUCGGGAUCUGCACGACCGACAACCCGGGGAUGGACUUGGUGAUCCCGGUGUUCGGCGAGGUGACGGCAGGCAUGGAGGUCGUGUCGGCCGCCAUCAGCCACCACCCCGUCACGGACGUCAUGGUCUCUCAGAGCGGGCUGGUGAUCCCGACCCGGCUCUCGCAGGACCCCCUCUGCUCCGGGAUGGAUGUUCUGUCGCUGGGAUAGGCGCUCGGCGGGGGAAGUAUGGUGUCUAGUCGCUGCUUCUUUUCUUAACCGAAGCAGGAGGAUUCAAUUUUGACGCCUUGGUCAAAGGACUAGAAGAAAAGGAUACAGAAAUCAUAUACCAAUUUUCUUGUUUCUUUUUUUAUAUGACAUCGGAGUACCAUAAAAUUCAAAUAAACUGAAAAAGUAUGAGCCAUACCAAAACACAUACCAUGGACUGUCAAUACCUACGUGAUCAAACAUUAAUUACGAAAAGAAUGAUUGAACAUUUUGAUUUUAUGAUAAA